GACCAUCUAGUCUAGAUCUAUUUUCUUGCAAAUUUUCAUUAAAUUGUGGGUAGACGUCUAGACGAAGAGCCACAAAACCAAGCGAAUUUGUGAAACCAAUUCAGUUUUUUUCAACAAAGUCGAAAAUUUUGAAACUUCAAGCGGGAAGCAACGGUAACAAUAUCAUAAAUUGCUUCAAUUCUCUCUCUCGUCCAUUGUUGUCGGAAGCCAUGAGAACCAAGCACCCUGCUGCUAAGAAAUCAAGCAGCAAAAGCCCUCGUUCAAAGGCUCCUUCAACUCCCUCAAAAUCUAAUCAAUCAAAAUCUACUCCAAUACGCUCGCCGAAAAGCAAAUCAGGCAGAAAGAGUGUUGCUGCUCCUCGAAUUAAGAAGCCGUACCGUCAUCGUCCAGGCACCGUUGCACUCCGGGAAAUUCGUAAAUACCAGAAGUCUGUCGACCUGUUGAUUCCUUCUGCGCCUUUCGUACGAACAGUGAAAGAGAUUUCUCACCAGUUCUCCCCUAUGGUUACUCGUUGGAAGGUUGAAGCUAUGAAGGCCCUUCAACAGGCUGCAGAGGAUUUCAUUGUUUGUUUGUUUGAAGAUGCCAUGCUUUGUGCUUUUCAUGCGAAACGAGUUACACUCAUGAAAAAAGAUAUAGAACUAGCGCGGAGGAUUGGAGGGAGAGAAAGGCGCUGGUGACUGAACAAGGCAAGGCAAGGCAAGGCAAGGCAAGGCAGAUAACUCAUUUUAUAGGCCUAACAAUUGUAUGAACUGUUGAUUGCAUCUGUGUAUAUACUGCUGAAUUCUGAAGUCUGGUGUAUUAUCCAAAACCUGAGCAACUCGAGAUAAGCUAGCACUCCAAUGUUAUAGAAGUAGGGAGUACAAUUUAUGUUAUGUAGCUAAGAAUACUUGUUUGACUGAUAAAUAUUAGAAGUAGGGAGUACAAUUUAUGUUAUGUAGCUAAGAAUACUUGUUUGACUGAUAAAUAUUGACCAACGUCCUGAAAAUGAUUUACUUAGUUUUCUCUUCUAA